AUGCUUGAUCCAAACUUCCACAUUACGACUCGACGCCUCCAUCUGUCCUACCUAGAUCCUGCCAAUGACGCCAACAUGUCCUUUGUUGUGCGACUGAACAGCAGCCCCGAGAGUGUUGCUGUUAAAGCCCAAGCAGGUGUGAAAAAUUUCCACCAUCCGCAGACCAUUCCAGAAGCCCGCGCAGCCUACACAUCCACUGCUGAGCGCUUGGAGAGAACAGGAAGCGGGCGCUACAUCAUCUCGCUGCGAAAAUCAGACGUCGAAUUCAACGAAGAAACUGGCGAGAGAGAGUAUGCGGGCAUCGUAUCCAUGCAGCUCAAACGCUACCCGGACCUUGACUGCCCAACGAUCCCAGACAUUGGUUUUUCGCUCAUGGCGGCCUACCACGGCAAAGGGUAUGCGACUGAAGCGUGUGAGGCGCUGAUGAAGUACUUCAAGGAGGAGAAGGGCCACAAAAGGUUUGCCGGGUUUACGCAUCCAGACAACGUCAACAGCCAGAAGUUGUUCAACAGACUGGGCUUUGAGAGUCGAGGAACGAUGGAACUUGCAGGCAUCUUAGGUGAUGGCUCGGCCUUUACUGUGGCGGUCUGGACGAAAAAUGUGAGUCUAGAUACGAAGCUGAGCGAUCUUGGCAUUGGGCCAAGGCUGGCUGAAGAGUCGGUAGUGGGCCACUUGAAGGAGUCGGUAGGCGUGUAG